ACAUAUAUAUACAGCCAUCGAGUGCCCAAAUAUUGUCAUUGCGAUUUGAAGUGUUAGUUUCUAUUCAGAGAUCGAUUAGCGUCAUAAGUUCAUUGCUCCUUCUAAAUUGAUCAUCAGCCUUCAAUUCUCAAGAUCUAGAGCAGAUGGGCUCUCGAAUGACAGACGAGCUAUUGCUCAUGUUCGCACCCAACAUCGUAUACUGGGUGUAUUCGGGUAUGUACGCGAUGCUGGGCGACAUGGAAAAGUACAGGCUGCAUCCAAAGGGAGAUGAAAAUAAGAACGUACCAUCGAGGAGCACGGUCAUCAAGGGCGUCCUCACGCUGCAAGCAAUGCAGAUAGCAGCAUCCUUCGUAUUUGUCAUGCUCGCCAGGGACAGCAUGAGUUUGGGUGAAAAAAAGCCAGAACCAUCUCUCUCAACAAUGGCGCUCCAGUUCCUAGUCGCCGCAGUGACCAUGGACACUUACCAGUACUUCAUGCACCGUUUCAUCCACUCCAACAAGUUCCUCAACAAGAUCCACUCCCAUCACCACAGCCUCGUCGUCCCCUACGCGUUCGGCGCCACCUACGGGCACCCCCUGGACGGCAUCCUCAUCGACAUCUCAGGCAGCCUCGUCUCCAGCAUGGUCGCCGGGAUGACCCCUCGGACCUCCAUGUACUUCUUCUGCUUCUCCACCGUCAAGAUCGUCGACGACCACUGCGGCCUGCUUCUCCCCUGGAAUCCCCUGCAGAGGUUUUUCAGCAACAACUCGGCCUUCCACGACGUCCAUCAUCAGCUGUAUGGGAACAAGUACAACUACUCUCAGCCCUUCUUUGUGAGUUGGGACAAGCUGAUGGGGACUUACUUGCCCUUUACAGUUGAGAAGAGAGAGGAAGGGGGCUUUGAGGUCACACCCCACCUGAUGAAGCAAGCUUAAUUAGCUAAUUAAUCUCUCUUUUCAUUCGUAAUAUUUAUUGGUUUGAGGCAUAUUCUUGACGUACAUCUAUAUAUAUAAAUGCAUAUACAUUCAAUUCACACAAAUAAUGUUCGUUUGUGUAAUUAAAUAUUAUUAAUUAUUGUAAAUUAAGUUCCAUCGUG